CUCUCUCGUGUUCAGGUUCAAUUGUGCUGUGCAUUCGAUCCGAUUAUUGUCUUUAACAUUUGAAAAGUUUCUAGUAGUUUUUGGUUGAUGGUUGAUGGUGGGGAGGAGGGAUUCUGGAGGCAAUUGGGUGUGGACACGUUGGUUGGGGAGGAGUGCGGGGUCUCAAAUUUGGAGAUCUGGAAAUGGGUUUUGUUUCUACGAGCAGUUUGUUUGAUUUGAUCAUGUGGGUCCUCGUUAGUUUGAUGUUCUUGGUGUCUUGGCGUUAGUGGUCUUGCUCCAUUUGUAGUCUCCUUGCUGCUUUCCUUUGUGAAGAGAUGCCUCCUCCUAUUGCGGUUUGAAUUUGUUCUUUGUGGUUGUCUUCUGUUAUGGAAGACCUGGAGCUGUCGGCAGUUCUUUGGCUUGACACUGCGGGCAAUAGGUUGUCUGAGUCGGAUCUUUAUUUUCUGAAAUGGAGCGGUUUUGGUUGAGUUGACUUGUUCCUAUAGCAAUACAAGCUGAAAUUUUAAGUGUAAUUCUUGGAAUACCCUGUUCCUGGGAGUCGUCAAAUCUGAUUAUAUGGAUGAAGGUUGGUCUGUGACUCUGCAGUGUUGAUUUACGGCUGAAUGUGACCAGAUCUUUUCUUUUAUAGAAUGAGGCCUUGUCUAAGUUUGAAUUUUGUAGACUUCUUCGGAUUUGUUGUGGUGUGCAAGAGGAUUUGUCGUAAUUUUUCUGGUUCUUGAAAAUCCGUUCUAUGGUUUCAAUUGCUGGAUUCGCUUUGGUUUUCGGGCGGCUUUUGAUGCAUGUCGGUGUCAAGUACAAUAUCUGUUUCUCGGUCGUUGGAUUUUUCUUCUGACUCUGCUGAACGAGAAUCAUGACGAGGCAGCUUGUUGAGAUUCAUCCAACUGAACUAAAGUUUAUAUUUGAGUUGAAAAAGCAAAGUUCCUGCUCCAUUCAGCUGUUCAACACUUCUGACCAAUACAUUGCAUACAAGGUGAAAACUACGAGUCCAAAGAAAUACUGUGUGCGACCCAAUGUUGGAGUUGUUUCGCCACAUUCACCGUGUGAAAUUAUAGUUACAAUGCAAGGGCAGCGAACUGCUCCACCUGAUAUGCAGUGUAAGGACAAGUUCCUUGUUCAAAGCACAGUUGUCCCAGAAGGGACCACGAUGGAUCAAAUUACCUCGAAUAUGUUUACCAAAGAAAAUGGUGGAAUUGUUGAUGAGAAGAAGCUGAAGGUGGCUCUUAUCAGCCCUCCUCAUUCUCCAGUCUUGCAGCCUAUUAGUGGUGUAACAAAUCAGGAGCCUGUUUUUGGAACUCCUAAGCCAGUGGAGCAAGACAAUUCUUCUAGUGAAGAUAGUCAUGAAGAUAGUCCGCCACCACCACCUCAGACUGUACCGAGGCUAUCACUGCCUGUUGAGGAACUAAAACCAAAGGUGACUGAGGCUGAGGUAAGGAAGCUAGAAAUGAAGCUGAAUGAGGCAGAUGUUGGGAAACCAACAGCAGAGCUAACUGAGGCAGAUGUUGGGAAACCAACAGCAAAACUAACUGAGGCAGAUGUUGAAAAACCAACAGCAAAGCUCGAUGUUGAGAAACUAACAGUAAAGCUGAACGAGGCAGAUAUCCAGAAACUAACAGUAAAGCUGAAUGAAGCAGAUGUUGAGGAACUAAAAUCAAAAUUGGAUGAGGCUGAGAAAAUAAUAAGAAGCCUAAGAGAAGAAAAGAAUGCCAUCAUUCAGCAGCAGGAAUCAUUGCGACAAGAACUUAUGGUAGCCAAACGAAGAAGUCCUCAAGUUCGAGCAGGUUAUCCAUUUCUUUUUGUUUGUUUUAUUGGCCUUGUUGGCUUAAUUUUUGGACGCAUGUUAAGCUCCUAAGAGACUUUCCAUCCAAAAUCGGAAGAGAGAGCACUUUCAUGGUGCAUAUGGAUGGAGCCAUUUAUUUCUGUAUAUAUAGAAUGAUGAUUUUAUUUUCGUCGGUCUGAUGUUUUUUUAUGUAAAAGAGUACAGUAUCUGCAAAUAAUAUGAAAAAUAGUGCAAGGUUUUGAAUA